GAGUUUCCCACUGAACUGAUCGACUUUGGUCUCUGGGGAAAGUUGACUGAGUGAAAGCGAUGUCGCCGCGUAAAAGCCUGUUUGCUCCGUUCAUCGCGGUGGAUCCGGAGGCAGGGUCCGGCCCCGCAGCCCCGGCGGCUCUCCACGCCGACAUCCACGCUCUGCUGCAGCGGAGCCGAGCGCAGGAGCGAGCGGGCGCAGAGCGCACCAGAGGCGCCUGCGACCGCAGAGAGUCUCCGUGCGCCAUCGUGGAGCUGCGGCUCGGACCCGCCGGCGGCGCGCUGCACUACCUCCAGCCGGACAAGUGCGCACUGGAGCGGGCGCAGAGAAGGCGACGACUCGCUGCUAAUGCCCGGGAGAGGAGGAGGAUGCUGGGGUUAAAUGUCGCCUUCGACCGUCUCCGGAGCGUCAUCCCCAACCUGGAGAGCGAGAAGAAGCUCUCCAAAUCUGAGACUCUCCAAAUGGCGCAGAUUUACAUCGCCACCCUCAACGAGCUCCUGCAGGAGGGCGCCUGCGAGGAACCAGCACCCAGCCGCACCCCGCGGCCCCCGGGGGCCACGCUACCUUCUCACGGGACAACGGUGCUGGCGAGGGACCCAUCGGGGCCCGUGAGGGACUUUCACAACGGGAAGAGCAGCGGAGGCCCGGUGCGCACAGAGCAGCUCUGAUGGGGACACGAGGGACCAAGAGACAUUUAAAGACUCGAUGAAUGUUUAAACACGUUUCUAACGCGCUGUUUGUAAUGACUUCUGGACAAAGCUCUGUCUGUAAUGUUUUAUUUGACAUGUUUUGAAGCCUUGUGUCUAAAACUUGAAAUAUAUUUUUGCAGAAAACAAAUAUUAUUGUGCAACAUGUUUUUUCCCCCAAUAACCAAACAGGUCGCACUUGAGUCGUGACUGUGAGAAACAAAACUAAUUGAAGUUUUUCAAUUAUCUGAAAAAAAAAAUGAAAAACGUAUUUUCCACCCAAACUAAAUAAUUUUCUUUAAACCUUCGAGCAGAAGAUUCUUUGAGAAAUGAUCUUCACCAACAACAGAGCAAGUAGAACGAGCAGGAAGUACUGAAAGUAGCAAUUUUUAUUACUUUAAAAUUAUGUACAUGGUAACCAAAGACAUCAGGCUGCAAGUGGGUACAAAGAAGUUUUCCUGCAGUGGGCUUGUUCAGCUCUGUCUCCAAAACAACAACACGACUGGGAGAAAGGCUUUAGAAAAUGAAAAAUAGAGUCAGAUUCAGAAAAGUAGAGUCUACCGGUCUAAAUUUUAAAUUGAAUCCCCUCACCCCACCACCCUCCCUCCCCCCAUUUACCCAUCAGUCUCUCCUCCUACACGAGGAAACAAAUCUAUGUACAGGAACUAUUUACAAAAAGCUCUUCCAUUCAUUCUUCCAGACGUCUGUGAAUAAAGCUCUUGUAAACUUAAGGGAGUGUGAGGGUUAAACUGUGUGUGUGUGUGUGUGUGUGUGUGUGUGU